AUUUUUUAUUUUUCACUCAAAUUAUAUCACUUAAAUAUUGAAAGAUGUUUUAUGAACUUCUUUGUAUAACUAGAGCGGGAUUAAUGGAGGCAAACUUUAAAGAUCUUGUCCGAAAUUCAGCAAAACAUGUUCUUGAACGAGGUGGAGUUGUAAGAGGUUUUGAGAACUGGGGCGAAAUGCCAUUAGCAAAGAGAAUACGCAGACACCAAGUAUACCAUACUCGUGGACAUUUUUGGCUUAUGCAUUUUGACACCAACCCAGUAGUGAUAACCGAAUUAAGAAAAAUGUUUAACAAUGAUCCUCGUGUUAUUCGAGGAAAUAUAGUUAAACUUGGGGAAAGACUUGAAGAUAUUAUAGAAAGACCUGAUAAGACUCAUUGAAAUUCUUUAUUUCCACGAUAUUUCUUCAAGCCCUUAAAUCUUUUCCCAUUUAUUUUAGUCUCUUCAGAUUUACAUCUAUCACAUUUGCACAAAAAAUAAUAAUCAUUCAUAAGUUUUUGUCUUCUCGCUUGUAACGGGGAAUGAGUAUCUUCUAUAUACGAUAUAGUUAAUUCUUCACCUAAUUGACGUUUAAGAGUAAAUUUAACGUAUAUUUAUUAAAUUUCAAUUUGUCACUUGUAUUUUAUAUUUUACAUUACCUUCUUUGAUAUUGUGAAGUG